GGUGGACUGGCAUGUCCAGAGGCCUCUUCCCAGGUCCAGUUCAGGUCCUCACCAUGUCCACUGUUUCCCCUGACUCAGUUUUUAAAAACUUUGAGUACGAUGAGUCUAGUGAAGCCUGUUACCUGGGGGACAUUGUGGCCUUCGGUUCUGUCUUCCUGCCCGUAAUCUACUCCAUGGUCUUUGCCUUUGGCCUUGUGGGAAAUCUGCUGGUGGUAUUUGCCCUCACCCACAGCCAGAAGCGCAAAAGUAUCACGGACAUUUACCUACUGAACCUGGCCUUGUCUGAUCUGCUCUUUGUAGCCACUCUCCCCUUCUGGACUCACUACUUGACCAAUGAACAAGGCCUUCACCAUGCCAUGUGCAAACUCACUACUGCCUUCUUCUUCAUUGGCUUCUUUGGAGGCAUCUUCUUCAUCACCAUCAUCAGCAUCGAUAGAUACCUGGCCAUCGUCAUGGCUGCCAACUCCAUGAACAACAGAACUGUGCAACACAGUGUCACCAUCAGCCUGGGCGUCUGGGCAGUGGCCAUAUUGGUGGCAGCACCCCAGUUCAUGUUCACAAAACAAGUAGAAAACGAGUGUCUAGGUGACUACCCCGAGGUCCUGGAGGACAUCUGGCCUGUGCUCCGCAACAUGGAGGUGAACUUCCUUGGCUUCCUGCUCCCCCUGCUCAUUAUGAGUUACUGCUACUUCAAAAUCCUGCGGACACUGUUCUUCUGCAAGAACCACAAGAAAGCCAAAGCCAUUAAACUGAUCCUGCUGGUGGUUGUCGUGUUCUUCCUCUUCUGGACCCCCUACAAUGUUAUGAUCUUCUUAGAGACACUCAUCUUCUAUGACUUCUUUCCCAACUGUGACAUGAAGAGGAAUGUGAGGAUGGCCCUGAAUGUGACUGAGACCACUGCAUUUAUUCACUGUUGCCUCAACCCGUUCAUCUAUGCCUUUGCUGGAGAGAAGUUCAGACAUUACCUUUGCCACCUGUACAGGAAAUGCCUGACUGUCCUGUGUGGUCGUUCAGUCCACGUCACUUUUUCCCUGUCUGAAACCCAAAGAAGCAGACAGGAGAGCAUGGUCAGCAGCAAUGUUACUCACUUCUCCAGUGUUGACGAUACAUCCAUCCAUCUCUGAGAGGAUCGCCAAGCCUUGUCCCUGCAGAAACCCGGGGCCUGAAAAAUGAGUGCAGAUUUUUUUGGCUUUGUUUUUUACUUCCAAGAAAUGAUGAACCCAA